AGUUAUUUUGUGUAUAUGUUGUGAGACACACGUGUUUCAACACCUGUCCACACCAGCUGCCUCUCACUCACACUUCUCACGUUUUUGUUAUAUAUUUCUGUCCGUGGAAGAUUCUAAAGAGAAGUCCUCAGGCAGUCAAGAAAGUGAAAUAAAAGAGGAGCAAGUUACAUAAUUUGUUGAAAGAAAAUACAUUAAACCAAAGAACCAUGACAAAGAAAGGGGGAGGAAAUAAAGUGCCUAAAAGUACAGGUGGUUUUGCACAAAGGCAUGCCAACACUGAUGGAGGUAAAGUUGGUAAGAAAGGGAAAGGUAAAAAGAAGGGAAAAGGAGGAUUAGGGGGUGCAAAUCAAAAUGAAAUAAAAGGCUUAAAAAAUGAUAAACAGAACAAGAAUAUAGGUCCUCAAAAUGAAAAGCAAGACAAGAAUGUAGUUUCCAAAAAGCGUAAUUCUAAACAGGAAUCAAGAAAACGGAAAAGACAAACUGAAUUUACAUCUGAAGAGGUACAGAUGCAACUCGGUGAUGGACUGCAGGCAGAGCAUGAAGUUCGAGCAUCCAGCAGGGAUCUCAGGACACUUUAUGUUCGCUUUCCAAAAUCACUAAAAGUCUCCAAGGGUACUGAAGUGAAGGAGUUGGUGAAGGAAGCAAUCGAUGUGCGUCUACCACGCUGUAGUUCAAUAAAUUUUUGCUCGCAUUGCUUCUUGGAAUUUGAAUCUGAAGAAAUGACAGAUCGCAUGAAAGAAAAAAUUUCCAAAAUGAAAGUGGGAGAUGAAUCAUUUUAUGUUGACUACGUUGGAAAGAAGUCCACAUAUUGCAGAGAAAGGCAACCAGGACCUGUGAAUCCUCUCAAAUUAUAUAUUGGAAGAGUGCCAAUGACAACUACCCGUGAUGAUCUGAGAAAGGCAUUCCGCACAGCAGCGCAAAUUGACUACCGAAGAAAGAAGAAAAAUCUACGAACAAGGUUUGCUCUCAUAACUUAUGGGAGUCAAGAAGAAGCCUUAAAAGUAUUUAAUUCUUCCAAAAACCUAAAAAUCAAUGGAGAAGAAGUAACAGUUAUGUUUGCUAAAGCAAGGCAAAUUGAUGUUAGAAAUAACCGCAAUGAGACUCCUCCUAAAAAAAUGAAGAUGGAACAGGUUGUUAAGGAAGAGCGGAAAGAGGAGGAUGACAAUGAUGAGGAGGAUAACAAUGAUGAGGAGGAUGACAAUGAUGAGGAAGAUGACAACGAUGAGGAUGAAGAAGAUGACAAUGAUGAAGAUGGUGUAGGAGAUGAUGAUCAAGAUGAGGAUGAAGAUGAAAUGGAUGAUGAUGAGGAAGAUGGAGAUAGUGAUGAUGAUUAACAAAUUAAUGUAGACAAUAAAGGUGAUAAUAAGGAAGAGAAUGAAAAGACAAUGGGUGAGAUGAUAAUUAUCAUGCCAGAUAAUUUUUUUUUAUUUUGGUCUGUAAUAUAUCACUCUUGAUUAUUUAAAAAAAUUGCAGUUGAAUGCAAAGUUGUUAAUGAAUUUUUAAGGUAAAAUAAAUAAUAAAAUAGCACAUUUUCAGUCAAGCAUUCAUUCACUGAGGCUUUGCAGUGUGAAUUCAUGGCUGGAAUAAAUGUACAUGCUUCACACUUGACCUGUCAUAGACCAUCUAUAAAUAACAGGUUUCUAUGACUGUGAUAUCAGUUAAAGUAGUAGUGAUUUUCUACACGAUAAUAUAUGCAUAAUAUGUAUGCUUAAAACUGAGGAGCCAAUAAUGCACAGAGCAUUUUAAACAAAACUGAAGGUGCCUGAAAAUAAGGAUGGUAAAAAAGUGUAGCUAAGAAGUGUGAAAUUCGUAUAGAAAGGACAAAAUUCUGUACUAUAGGGAAAACUUAGGAUUACAAUAGUGUUAUAUGUCAAAACUGUUUGAAAAUGUGUUUCGAAACUAAUUUUUAAUAAUUAUUGGUGUAUUCUUAAUGACUGUACUUCUGUUGCAUAAUAUAAUGACUAGUAAUGAUACAGCACAUUAGAAAAUAAUUAUUUAACUUUAUCAUAUAGAAGAAUGUAUAUAAAUUGGUUACAUUGAGCAAUUGUAGGUAUUUGUAUCAGAAUGUCCUUAAUUACACUGUACCUUAAGAUUAAACAAUAAUAUUUGCUAAAUUGUUGAUUAAAGCAUUUGCAAAAAACAAUAUAAUGAAAUGUGAUAAUAUUAAUGAUUAUAUAAUAGAUAAUACAGUAGUUACAAAUAAACAUACUGUACAUAUAAA